AGCGAGUCACAAUAAAAGUUCGAUUUUCUUUUUCCCUCCCUCCUCUCUUUUACUCCCUUCAUGAGCGACAUGAUAGCUUUCUACACAUCAGAAAAUUACAAUGUCCGAUGACCAAGAGAAUAAUAGCGAGUUGCUAGUUCACUCUUCGGCAGCUACGUCGAGGGUGGAUGACGAGCGGUAUCAGGCGCAGGCGCAGGCUUGUUUGAAUUUUCGACCAGUGAGGAGGAGGGUGUUAGGAAGCGUUUUGGUUGGAGGGGAGGAGGAAAGGGAUCGUGAUAGAGUGGAGGAUGGGAGUUCGCGGGGGAAGAGGGCCCGGUUGAUGGAAGAUGACAGGGUUGAGAGGGGUCCCGCACGGAGCCCGGAGGUGCUUAGGGCACCGGUUAGGAGGGGAAUGAGGCCGGAGACGGGGAUAGAGAUGGAAACGUUAAGGGGUCUCGCUCAGUCCCUGCCGAUUACGCCCGGAGAAGUCACGGGAAGAGCUAGUUUGCCGAUGAUUGAGGUUGCUACUCCGGUGAUGGUUAUGUCUGCUCCCUCAGCGAAAUACAGAACUAGCUUUGAGCUGAGGGAGUCUUUCUUUUCGGCCUAUGUGCCUACCCCGCCGCCACCAUCGCUACCGGAGCAUAAGGAGGACCCGAUCGAGGACGAGACUAGCUAUGGCUCCUCAUGUUUUGACUCUUGGGAUUCAAUUCCAAACACCAUUCCUGAUUCUCAGGAGGCCGUACCUCAGCUUCCAAGUUCACCAUUUAGCGAGGAGGAAUUAGAUGUAAUUUCGCAGACCAUUUUUCCUGAGGCCGACGUAACUUCAGAUGAAGAGCUGGAAGAUUUGCCACCACCUUCAUCCCCGCCAGUCAUAGAAGAAUUAGAGAUCAUCCCACAGACGAUUGCUCCUGCAAUUGACCCUUCUCAGGAAGAAAAGGAUCAUGCGCCAUCCUCCUCUUCUGAGAAAUGUAUUUCCCCCGCAAUAUCCAGCGUCUCAUUCACUUAUAAUCAAAAGACAUGCAGCGCGGGCCGGCCAUCACCGAUACCACCGCCUGCGCCCGGCUCACCGACUGCCUCGGACUCGGCAACUGAAUCUUUACCCUUGGAAGAACCAGCUCCUGUCGCGCGAUCCAGACAGCCACAAUGGCCCAUCCCGGCACUCGUGGAAGGGCCCUACUACUUCUUCCCCCCGGUGCCCGAAACGUCAUCCAACCCCCCCACCGUAUCAAAAAACCUGCGAAAAAUUUGGAACGUCGGCCAGGUGCGUGCACACUACCAAAAGCAGAAGCUCUCGCAGAGUAGGGAAAUACGUGAGCUAGAAAGGGGGUGUUGGAGGAUGGACAUGAGCGGGUGGACAAAAUCCGAGGAUAAGAUACACUUUUGGAACGCACUGAAGGACCACGUUACUUCUGGCCGCUUCGGCUGGGUUAGCGUAUUUCUAGACGAGGAGAAGACCGGAAACGUUAUUAAGGUGUAUUGUUUUGGAGGGUGUGCUCAACAUGUGUGUUUGGGCAGCGCUGCAUAUAUUGAGCGAUAGAAAAACCGCGGGCAUCGUUUGGCUAGACGCAGCCGAUAAGGAAGUUCUCAAGUUCUGAGUCGAAAUGUCGUCACUUCCCUCCUCCCCCCCCCACACAGGCGGCACUUUUGAAGCAUUUCACGGAUUGGCACAGAGCCCAUCUUUCACGAGCUAUUCUGCACUCGAGAUUCGAGGAAUCAAAAGGGAGUGGGAGAAGGAAAGAAGAAGGAACAGCCGUGACCGUGCCAUCGCAUGAUAUGAUAGGACACGAUAGGAUACCCCGCAAACCCACAUUUAUCGUCAAAGUACGAGUAAUCGUUUACCCAGAAUUGAGGUGUUUGCUUUUUUAUUUUUUAUUUUUAACCUUAUCAACUCAAACACACAAACGCAUAAACACGAGAAGUCAUGCUGCUCGCACAGACAGUGUUUUUCUCCAUUGUGCUCGACGGCAUGCAAAUAGUGCUUCACGAGACGGUAUCGUGGUAUACGUCGAACAUCUCAUGCUCGUAAUCCCUCCUUUUUCUUUCUUUUCUACCUCUCCUUCCUUAUUGCUUCGCAAAAUCCUUGUCACGUCCUGUACGAGUACCACACUGUACAAAACAAUACC